UUUUCCCUCUCCUUACUCCAUUCUCAAACUCUCAAACUACAAUUAUUGUGGGCAAAUACUACUCAAAUGGAACGCAUUGAUAGGAUGUUGCCGGAUUUGUACAAAGCAGCGGUGAAAGGUAAACCGGAUGAUUACUACGAGGUUUUACGGCGGAUGGAGUCGUACAAAACAUCGGGAGAAGGUUAUGAAUCCGAUGAUUAUUACGAGGUUUUACGGCAGAUGGAGGAGGUCGGGGUUGGGCGCCAGGUUACCCCAAAAGGCAACACGGUGCUUCACGUUGCAGCUCUCCACGGCCAAAAACACUUCGUGGAAAGGCUCCUCCUAGAUCGUGAAGACACCUAUCCCAUGUUACUUGCCAAGAACCAUAAGAACAGAACUGUCUUACAUUGUGCAGCGGAGAAAGGGCAUGCCGAGAUUGUCUCUGUAAUCAUAAAUAAUGUGACCAAGAAAGCUGUAGAAUCUGGUGUUGGAGUGAGAGAGAUGAUACAAAUGACUGAUAUUGUGGGGGACACGGCCUUGCACAAGGCAGUGCGUAUGGGACACGUGGAGGUGGUGAAAUUGUUGAUUCAAGAGGAUUGCGAAUUCGAGUACCCUCCCAAUGAUGCUGGAGAGACGCCAAUUUACAUAGCAGCAGAGUCAAAUAGAGAGGAUCCAUUACUAGAGAAAUAUGGAGAAUGUUUGGUGGAAAUGGUCCAAAGAUUUGAAAAGCCUUCGUAUGGUGGACCGUUGGGUCGAAAUGCACUCCACGCAGCAGUGUUGUCUGGGGGUAUGUCUGGCCUGGCGUUCCUAAAUACAGAUACGGAAUGCAUGAGUUUACUGUUGGAAAAGGAGAUCUGUCUGUGUGAGAUGAAAGAUGAUUUUGGUUGGACGCCACUGCACUACGCUGCAAGAAUCAACAAUCGGGAGGGCAUUGACACUAUACUUAAAGCAAAAAGCUCUGCAGCUUACAUUCGCGCAGGCAGAGAAGAUGAUUGGACAACUGUAUUUCAUAUAGCAGCCAGGGAGGGGCACGAUAGAAUUAUGGAACACAUAUCAAAUCGUUGUCCAGAUUGUUGGGAAAUGGUGAAUAGUAAAGGGCAAAACGUCCUUCAUGAGGCAAUCCAGAGUGGUGAAAUGGAUGUGUUUAAAUACAUAGAAAGGUGUAACCAACUUGACAGCCUUGCUUCUGAGGGAGACGAGGAUGGCAACACACCAAUACACCUGCUUCCCAUUUAUGAAGACUAUUGGUCGGAAGAAUUUGUGCAAAAUCUCCUCCGUAAGGAUAAUAAGAAGCAACUGGUCUUCAAUAAGCAACACCAAAAUCCAACAGACAGAUACAUGGAACAUGUUGGAAAUCUCUUCAAUUUUAAUGAUACCACUGAUGAACACUACUUCGAACUUUAUGGGCGUUAUGGUCAACGUGCUGAUCUCACAAAAAAUUCUAGAAAGAAAAUCAGUAGUACUAAGAAAGGCUUUGAUAUUAAUGAAAUGGUCGACUUUGGGGUACGAAAGAGUGAAACAAACAUCAUUGUAGCUACCUUGAUAGCAACCAUAACCUUUGCAGCUGGGUUUACAGUCCCAGGAGGAUACAACAGCAAUGUGGAUUCUGAAGAAGCAGGGAAGGCCAUAUUAAUAAGGAAUGCGGCGUUUAAGGCUUUUGUUGUUACCGAUGUUGUUGCUUUCAUAUGCUCCAUGUUGGCUGUAUACAUUUUCGGUUCCGUGGUGGAAUAUGCUGCAACCCCAUAUAUCGAGAGGUACAGAAUUGUGAUAAAGCUAUCCAUUUUGGGGACUAAUGCUAUGGGCUUGGCAUACCUAGGAGUUGGAAUCGCAUUCCUGUGUGGGAUGUAUGCAGCUUUAGAGCCUUCACUUCCUCUCGCCAUUGCCGUUUUGGCCUUGGGUGCCGCCAUUCCCCUCCUCGCUUGUUGUCGCUACAAAAAGAUAUAUCUUCCUCAGGCGGCUAUUAUGAAGAUGUUCAAUAUUUAAAUUUUCUUAUUAAAUAGGAGUAAUAAAUUACUUUAAUUUAGAUUGAAUACAUUAUUGUAAAUAAGGAUUAUCUGCUUUUGAGUUUUUACAAAAAAGAAUGAAUGGCAAGGUUGUGACAA